ACGGGAAUCGCCCUUUACAUGUGAGUGGUGAGCGAUAUAUCUUUACAACAAUCAGUCUACAUUUUGAGAUCGCUUCAUACUAGGAGAACAAAAUGCAGGACCCAAACGCUGACACUGAAUGGAAUGAUGUACUCCGAGCUAAAGGCAUCAUCCCGCCCAAAGAACAGGAAGUCACUGAGGAUGACUUGGUCAACAUGGUGGAGCAGACCAUUCAAGAUAAGAGCCAAGGGAAGGCGUUAGCUGACAUGAAUCUGGAUGAGCUUGAUGAGAAUGAAGAUGACAUCGAUGAAGAGGAAGAGAGGAUGUUUGAAGAAUACAAGAGACAAAGAAUUGCUGAAAUGAAGGCAGCACAGAUGAAGAGUAACUAUGGUGACGUCUUAGAGAUCACAAAGGCUGACUGGGUGAAGGAAGUGAACAAGGCUGGCGAUGGUGUGUGGGUGGUGGUGCAUGUGUACCAAGAUGGCAUUCCUUUGUGUAAGCUGAUGAAUCAACAUUUAUCAAACCUAGCCAGAAAGUUCCCAGCAACCAAGUUUGUGAAAGGCGUGUCGUCAGUCUGCAUCCCUAACUAUCCUGACAAGAACCUGCCCACCGUGUUUAUCUACUGUAAUGAUGACCUCAAGAAACAGUUUGUUGGGCCAAUAGCAUUCGGGGGGAUGAACCUUAAACAGGAUGAACUCGAGUGGAUGCUAGCUCAAAUAGGUGCUGUGAAAACAGACAUGGAGGAAUCACCUAAGAAGGAAAUCAGAGAUGUCAUGAACUUGGCAGUGCGGCAAAGUGCACUAAAUGAUGACAGUGAUGAUGACUACUGAACUUCCAUAUAUCCCAUUUCUAACUGAUAUUAAGCUGCAGUUCCUGAUCAUUCCCUCAGAGAGGGGUGGGACACUGUGACAAGGGAGACCACUCCUGUACAUCAAAACAUCUACACCAUACAAGGCUUCAUACUUGACGUACUGCUCAUGAGUAUGCCAGUGUGAUUAUUUGGCCAUUCCUGCUAGAUAUUGGGCCUUCAUUUACUUAGUCAUUUACAUAUUUUCCUUCUCAGAUCCUUCAGUUUGUUAUUGAGUUGAAAUGUAAAACAAAUUAAUAGACCUUCGGUUUGUUUGAAAUACAGCAUAAGAAUCUUUUGGGACAAGAUUACAUAUUUAAGCUGGAAUGUUUGUGAAAUAUAAAAGAAAAGUUUUUAUAUUGUUUGUUUGAGAACAAAUACUGGAUUCUUUAUCCGAAAAUUCCUGAUUGGUGAGGUUCGCAGGUGGCCAUUAAGAUUGAAAGCCUGCAUGGGAUGGCUACAAUUCAUAGUUUCUUCUAGUCCUAUGGAUAUUUUUUGUUUGAUGUUGAGUCCGAUGAUUACGAAUCAAAUGGAUAAUGUUUAUUGAUUGUCUGAAAGAUAUUUAGGUCAUUUCAUGAAGGUAUCGUAAAAACAUUGCUGGACUGGUUGAAGUAAAUAAUCCUUUGAAAAUGUUCAUAUGAUUUGGAGAUGACUAUUUCAUAAAAUGUGCAGACAGUGUCUGCGUCUUGGACUUCCAUGCCUCUCUGUGUUCGCAAUUAAUAUGUUCUUGAUGGCAGAUCCUGAAACGAAGUAAAACAUUGUGCAAUGUCUGCAGAUGACUGCAUGUUCACAAUAAGCAAUGCCUGAUGAUGAAGGUCUUGUUUCAUCAAGUUAGUCCUUUACGUUCAACAGAAGCAAAUUGUGCUCAGCUGAAACUAAGAUUUUCUUUGCUAAUUUUUUUUAAGAAGUGCUUCCUCUCUGGAGUUUUGUAUGAUGACAGUUUUCCAUUUGUGGGGAUAGUUGGCAUGACAGCCUUCUGAUUAUCAUAGAUAUGGAGACAGUUGUCGUGGCAACCUCUUAUUGUCAUAAUCUGGGAGUAGUUGUCAUUGGAACCUCUGAAAUUCCCUACUUACAGCAAUACAUCAGUGUUGAUGUGUACAUAGGUCUAGAAACCAGUGCUUCUGAUGACGUAGAAGUCGUGCUGAAUGUGAUGUGUGACCAGUUAGUGUAGUUUACAUGGUGACUUUCAGAUUUUUAAAAAUUAAGCUAUGUAUCUUUCAAAAUCAGCAGUCGUCACAAUUUUUCCUAAGGCAAUAUCAACCAUUCUUUGAUGUUACAAAAACUGUACAGUUAUUUUGCAUGACAGUAACAGACUUUUAUGUUUCAAGUUUAAAAGGUUUCGUGCCUCUUUGGUCUGCUUGUAGUCCCGUCCCCUGAGCCUCAGUAACAAACUAUCAUUUCACCAAUUUCUCGAAUAUAAUGCAGGCAUUCUCGAAGAACAUCAACACCGACUAAACCACAGAGUCAGGUUGAAGAAGUCGCACCUGAAAGGUUUUGUUUUUGUUGAUGAUGCAUUUGUCAAUAUACGUCUACCUUUAUAGGUUUAAGUACAAAAUAUCCAUGACUUCCACUGUUAAUAUUUAAAAUCAGAAUGACAAGGUUAUAUUUAUGCCAAGGGUAAAGAUAGCAUUGACAAUGAGAAUAAUGAAACUAACACCAAAACAGAAAUCGUUUCACCAUUAAGAUUUUUCACUUGACCAGCCAAAUAAAACUUUAAGUUUGUGAAGAGAAUCAUGUAAACACAUUUCUUAUAUUAUUUUUUUCCAACCUACAAGCCAAUUUUUCACUAUUCCGUUUGAAAUCAGAACCUGGCAAGCUAUUCUAGAAACGUUCGUAGCCCUGGCCUUAGUUGAGUGUGUACUGUGGCUGUAUCCAGUCAUCUUCCAUUGAUGAAGUAUCAGUGCACCAUUCUACAGUGUUAUGUUGAUGGUACAUCUUCAAAAUGUACAAUGAUUUGUUGAAGCAUCUUACAUGUAAAUGUAAACAUUAGUUUUUAGUUGAUUCAUUUUAAAUUGCGAUCAAAGACUUGAUCACUAUUUUAUGUCAGAUUUUCAUAAUUCAUAAUCCUAACAUAUUUCAUUAUCCUGAUUCAGGAAGUUUUUAAAGCAUAAAGGCACAAAGGUAGAGUUGUCUCCCUUUAUGUGAGACGAAUAUCUUGACAGCACUGUAAUAGAUCUGUUUCAGAACAUUGGUACAACUAGAUUUCACUCUGUGCUACUGUGUGUGCUGUGACAAUCAUUACUUAGGACAGCAACACAUAGUGUUUAUGAGAAAUGCCUGUUGUUGCCUGUCAGAGGGAAUAUUAUGGGGUUUAAAUAUUGUUAGUGGUCCUUCUUCCAUAUUGAACACAGUUGCCUCCCUUAGUAGCUGAUAGGUUUUACCAUGAUUAGGACACAUGAUCUGCAUCCUGUUGUGUUUUCCGCCCAUGUUAACCUGAUAUGUUCUGAUAUAACUCAACUACUGUGUAAAGUGACAAUUAGGUCAGUGCACUAGAUGAAAUCGAUAAACAGUUGCAAUAAACUGCCAUGAUAGUCAGCCCAGAGUUAGGCCUGAUAUCAUUACAUGCCACUCUCAAAACAAUACAUAUUGUAGUGCUAGUUAGAAUAUUAUUCCCAAACAAAAAGUCCUCU